AUGGCAGUGACAGCUCACUUCUUGGAUAGUGAUUGGAAGCUACAUAAAAGAAUAAUUAACUUCACUAAAAUCACUAGUCAUUAUGGGGAAGAAAUUGGAAAGAUGGUUGAGGUUUGUUUGAGAGAUUGGGGGAUAGAAAAAGUAUUUUCAAUUGUAGUUGAUAAUGCUUCAUCUAAUGACACUGCAAUUGAUUACUUGAAAAGAAGAAUGAAAAGUGAAAAUUUAUUGUUGUUUGAAGGGAAAUACUUGCACUUGAGGUGCGCUUGUUAUAUAAUUAACUUAAUUGUUAAGGAUGACUUGAAGGAGCUUAAUGUUUCAAUUAAAGCUAUAAAGAAUGCAGUUGUUUUUAUUCAUUCUUCCCCAUCAAGAUUGAAUAAAUUUAGGGAAUUUGCCAUACUAGCCAAGUUCUCUAAUACAUCAACAGUAUCUAUGGAUGUCAAAACGAGGUGGAAUGCAACUUAUAAAAUGCUUGAAGUUGCAUUGAAGUAUAGAAGGGUGUUCAAAAGGAUGACUGAAGAAUGGUUGCCCUUUAUGAAUUAUUUCCAUCAAAAAGAUGAUAAGGGUAAAGAAAGGAUUGGGCCUCCAAAAGCUAAUGAUUGGGAGAUGGCAAAGGCUUUUGUACACUUUCUAAAAAAGUUUUAUGAUGCCACUUUGGAGCUAAGUGCAUCAAAAAGUCCUACCUCCCAAUUGAUUUAUCAUUCAAUGGUUGCACUACAAGUUGAGAUUGAUAGAAAGAGACAUGAUGAUUCUAAUCCAAUUCUUAAAGAGGUAGCAUGUGCAAUGAAGUUAAAGUUUGACAAGUAUUGGGGAAAUUGGAAUAACAUGAAUCCUUUGAUAUUUAUUGGUAAUAUUUUGGACCCGAGAAAUAAACUUCAAAUGAUGAAAGUCACAGUCAAAAAAUUGGGAGGUACUCCUACAAGUGUCAAAGAGUUUGUUGACAGCAUCAAACAAAGCUUAGUAACUUUAUGGACGGAGUACAAGGGAAUAAAUGAUAUUUUGAAUGCUGAGAGUUAA